UCCACGGCCCCGCAGCCCCAGGCCCACACGGAAAGCAUGUCGAUCCAGGAGAACAUACCAUCCCUGCAGCGCUGGUCAUGGGUCUCUAAGUCCCAAAGAGACUUAGCCAAGUCCAUCCUGAUUGGAGCUCCAGGAGGGCCAGCGGGGUAUCUUCGGCGGGCUAGUGUGGCCCAACUGACCCAGGAGCUGGGCACUGCCUUCUUCCAGCAGCAGCAGCUGCCAGCUGCUAUGGCAGACACCUUCCUGGAACACCUCUGCCUACUGGACAUUGACUCCGAGCCCGUGGCUGCUCGCAGUACCAGCAUCAUCGCCACCAUCGGGCCGGCAUCUCGCUCCGUGGAGCGCCUCAAGGAGAUGAUCAAGGCCGGGAUGAACAUUGCGCGACUCAAUUUCUCCCACGGCUCCCACGAGUACCACGCUGAGUCCAUCGCCAACGUCCGGGAGGCGGUGGAGAGCUUUGCAGCUUCCCCGCUCGGCUACCGGCCCGUGGCCAUCGCCCUGGACACCAAGGGACCGGAGAUCCGCACUGGGAUCCUGCAGGGGGGUCCGGAGUCGGAAGUGGAGCUGGUGAAGGGCUCCCAGGUGCUGGUGACUGUGGACCCCGCGUUUCGGACGCGGGGGAACGCGAACACCGUGUGGGUGGACUACCCCAAUGUUGUCGGGGUCGUGCCGGUGGGGGGCCGCAUCUACAUUGACGACGGGCUCAUCUCCCUAGUGGUCCAGAAAAUCGGCCCAGAGGGACUGGUGACCCAAGUGGAGAACGGUGGUGUCCUGGGCAGCCAUAAAGGCGUGAACUUGCCGGGGGCCCAGGUGGACUUGCCCGGGCUGUCCGAGCAGGACGUCCGGGACCUGCGCUUCGGGGUGGAGCAUGGAGUGGACAUCGUGUUUGCCUCCUUUGUGCGGAAAGCCAGCGACGUGGCUGCUGUCAGGGCUGCUCUGGGGCCAGAAGGACAGGGCAUCAAGAUCAUCAGCAAAAUUGAGAACCACGAAGGCGUGAAGAGGUUUGAUGAAAUCCUGGAGGUGAGCGAUGGCAUCAUGGUGGCACGGGGGGACCUAGGCAUCGAGAUUCCAGCAGAGAAGGUUUUUCUGGCUCAGAAGAUGAUGAUUGGGCGCUGCAACUUGGCGGGCAAGCCUGUUGUCUGUGCCACACAGAUGCUGGAGAGCAUGAUUACCAAGCCCCGGCCAACGAGGGCAGAGACAAGUGAUGUGGCCAAUGCUGUGCUAGAUGGGGCCGACUGCAUCAUGCUGUCAGGGGAGACUGCCAAAGGCAACUUCCCUGUGGAAGCCGUGAAGAUGCAGCAUGCGAUUGCCCGGGAGGCAGAGGCUGCAGUGUACCACCGGCAGCUGUUUGAGGAGCUACGUCGGGCAGCACCACUGAGCCGUGAUCCCACUGAGGUCACCGCCAUUGGCGCCGUGGAGGCUGCCUUCAAGUGCUGUGCUGCUGCCAUCAUCGUACUGACCACAACUGGCCGCUCAGCCCAGCUUCUGUCUCGGUACCGACCUCGGGCAGCAGUCAUUGCUGUCACCCGCUCUGCCCAAGCUGCCCGCCAGGUCCACUUAUGCCGAGGCGUCUUCCCCUUGCUUUACCGUGAACCUCCAGAAGCCAUCUGGGCAGAUGACGUAGAUCGCCGGGUGCAAUUUGGCAUUGAAAGUGGAAAGCUCCGUGGCUUCCUCCGUGUUGGAGACCUGGUGAUUGUGGUGACAGGCUGGCGACCUGGCUCCGGCUACACCAACAUCAUGCGGGUGCUGAGCAUAUCCUGAGACGCCCCUCCCUCCUCUGGCCCAGCCUACCCCUGUAUCCCAUCCCUUCCUCCCCAGUCUACGUCCUCCAGCCCACACCCCUCCAAAGCCCCACCUUUAAGUCCUCUCUUCUCUAUUCCUGAACCUCCCUACCUGAGGCCUGUCUGAGACGGUAUCUGCCAUCUAGCCCCAUUCAAGGUUGCCCCUUCCCCGUCUCCAUUUCACACAGGUCCUGAAAGUCUGUGUCCAGUUAUGCACUGGCCACCUGACAGCACCAACUGUACAUUCCCUGCAUCCAAUCCACUCAGCAGGCCCUAAGAUGCCUUGAGCCUUUAAUCCCA